AUCGAUCGACGAGAAAAAUUGCGAUGCUUGCUUCCGUGUGAGGAUGGAUCAAACGAUCGAGGAAGAAUUAAGCUAGUUGCGCCAUGGCUGACCUAGCUAUAGCUUGCUUUGAUUUCUAUUUAAGACCUUGAAAACUGCGGGGAAGAAGACGACCAUUUGUGUGAUAGCUCGAUAGCUAGCUAAGAGAUAAUAUAGGUGUGUCACCAUGAGAGGUGUCGUUGCGUUUCUUCUUCCUCUCGUCGUUUUGGUGGUAGGGCUCCGGCUCGCCGGGUCGAGCCCUCCGCCGCAGCCGGUGGCCUGCACCAGCGGGACGACGGACUGCACGGUGACCAACGUGUAUGGCUCGUUCCCGGACCGCACCAUCUGCCGCGCCGCCAACGCGUCGUUCCCGCGCAGCGAGCAGGAGCUGGUGGCGGCCGUGGCGGCGGCGGCGGCGGCGAAGCGGAAGGUGAAGGUGGCGACGAGGCACUCCCACAGCUUCCCAAAGCUGGCCUGCCCCGGCGGCCGCGACGGCACCAUCAUCAGCACCCGGUUCCUCAACCGCACGGUGAGCGUCGACGCCGGGAGGCGGCUGAUGACAGUGGAGGGCGGCAUGGUGCUCCGCGACCUCAUCAGGGCCGCCGCCGCCGCCGGCCUCGCGCUGCCGCACUCCCCCUACUGGUACGGCCUCACCAUCGGCGGCCUCCUCGCCACCGGCGCCCACGGCAGCUCGCUCUGGGGCAAGGGCAGCGCCGUGCACGAGUACGUCGUCGGGCUACGCAUCGUCACGCCCGCCCCGGCGAGCCAGGGGUUCGCCGUCGUCAGAGAGCUCGUCGCCGGUGACCCCGACCUCGACGCCGCCAAGGUCUCCCUCGGCGUCCUCGGCGUCAUCUCCCAGGUGACGCUGGAGCUGCAGCCGCAGUUCAAGCGAUCGGUGAAGUUCGUGACCCGCGACGACUCGGACUUCGCGGAGAAGGUGGCGGUGUGGGGCGGCCUCCACGAGUUCGGCGACAUGGCGUGGCUGCCGCGGCAGCGCAAGGUCAUCUACCGGGAAGACGACCGCGUCGACGUCGCCACGCCGGGCAACGGCCUCAACGACUACCUCGGCUUCCGCGCGCAGCCGACGCUGGGCCUCAUCACCGCCAGGGCGGCGGAGGAGAAGCUCGAGAAGAACGGCAGCGACGUCGCCCGCUGCCUGGCGGCGCGCGCCCCGUCGGCGCUGUUCGAGCUCCAGGCGUACGGCUUCACUAACGACGGCGUCUUCUUCACCGGGUGGCCGGUAGUGGGGUUCCAGAACCGGAUCCAGGCGUCGGGCACGUGCAUCAGCUCGCCGGAGGACGGCCUGCUCUCCUCCUGCACGUGGGACCCCCGCAUCCGGGGCCCCUUCUUGUACAACUCCGGCUUCAGCAUCGCGCUCUCCAAGGCGGCGGCGUUCGUCGCCGACAUGAUGCGGCUGCGCGACCUCAACCCGCGCGCCUUCUGCGACAUCGACGCCAAGCUCGGCAUCCUCAUGCGCUACGUCAAGGCCAGCUCCGCCUACCUCGGCAAGCCGGAGGACUGCGUCGACUUCGACGUCACCUACUACCGGAGCUACACCGACGGCGAGCCGCGCCCCCACUCCGACGUGUUCGACGAGCUCGAGCAGAUGGCGCUGCGCAAGUACGGCGCCGUCCCGCACUGGGGCAAGAACCGCAACUUCGCCUUCGACGGCGCCGCCGCCAAGUACCCAAACUCCGGCGAGUUCCUCAAGGUGAAGGACCGGUACGACCCCGACGGCAUCUUCUCCAGCGAGUGGAGCGACCAGGUGCUCGGCAUCAACGGGAGCCCCAACAUCGUCGACCGCCGCUGCGGCAUCGAGGGCCUCUGCGUCUGCUCCGACGACUCCCACUGCGCGCCGGAGCAGGGCUACUUCUGCCGGCCGGGUAAGCUUUUCAAGGAGGCCAUGGUCUGCACCAACGACAUUUCCGGCGCCGGUGGCCGCCGGGAUGAACUGUGACCGAUCGAUCCAAUUCUAUCGUGCUCAAGUCAACACAUGCAUGCAUGGCUCUGCAUGCAAUGCAAAUUUAGUCAACAAGAAAAAACACACACGCCCAUGAAUAAUUAGAAAUUAAUCAUUUUAGAUUGCAACGUGUAUAGGUGAGACGUUGGUUGUGGUGAUGAUGUACUCUAAAUUUAUUUGGGAGUACUCAUUCGUCUUUGUUAAAUUGGUUGGUGUGAUUUGAGAUGUAUGGUUGAUACUUUAAUGCAGCCAGUUGUUUGGAAAAUUUGUAUAUUUUGGUUCAACUGUUUGGGAGGAAAGGAAUGGUCCAAGAAUUUAAUUUCAAUAAGAGAGUCAAUGUCUC